UGUAGGGACAUGGAUGCAGCUGGAAACCAUCCUGAUUUUUCUAAUGUAAUUUUGUUCUUUUCUGCAGGAUUUCGUAUUCAAUUUCAAAGGAAAUCUGAAAAAGAGAAGACAAACAAAGAAACUAAGACAGAAAGUGGAAAUGAAAACUCUGGCUACAAUUCAGAUGCACCAAAGACCACAGAAACCGCUUCUCCCCCUCCAAAAUUCUGUGAAUCCAGUGAUCCUGAACAAAGAAGCAGUAGCUGUGGCCCCCCUUGACAGGAGGCUGAUCAAUGACCACCCAGGCCAGCAAGUCAUCCACAGGCUUCUUUUAAUCUGGCCAGUCCUGAGGUCAGGAAUACAAUUGUAGUAUAGCAAAGACUUCCCCAAGCUCCACUGAGCACUUGGCUGACAAUUUACAACACGGUGAUGACAUCCUUCCUUUCCAUCCUGAGACUGGCCUGCAGCUUUGCCAACAUUACCUGAAGAGGAGAUGUCAGAGUCAUCAGAACUGAUACUUGACAGUGAGAGAAGGAAUUGAUUUUUCCAGAUUUCAAAGUAGAAUGUGACUUUUAAGAGGUUUCAAGGUUUAUGUGAAUUCCAUGAAGUUACUAAGUAAAAGCUGCAAAUUCAUCAUAUUUUUUCUUAACACUCAACACUGCUACUUGUGAAUCCAACAAAUGGUAGAUGAAAGUCUGUAUUCUACCAUGACUUUCAAAAGUUUUUAUUAUCUUAAAGCAUAUGAAGAUGAUAUUUAUGUAUAUUUAAUAUGUAGGGGUAUUAUUACAUAUUAUCAAUGAAAUAAAAGUAUAAAAAUUAGGGUCAACCAAAAAUCUACAAUUGACUUCAAAACUGAGCUCAGUUAAAGUAAGAUUCAGUUCUAACAUGGAUAUGCAUGUUCCUAAAUAUCUUAUGAUUGAAUAUUUACAUGAAGACCUUCAUUUUUAUCUGCCCCCUUAUCAAACCUAUUUGCAUCUCCUCAAAUGAAAGAGAUACGGCUUAUGCUUUGCAGAGGAUGGACCUCACCUACUCUGCACACCAUGAAAAAACUGGAAAUGGGCAUUGUAGUAUUUAAUUUAUAAAAACACCAAAAAAUGUGUAUUGCCUUUAACUCUUCACUAUUCAGGUGGUAGUUUAAAGAAUCACAGUGUUCAGGAAUCAAGCCUUUUCUGAGAAGGAAAACAAGAGCCUUCGGCAAAAAUCCUUCCCAUCUUCACAAUUAUCUUUGCUGACUGUACAUUCGCCUCAUUGAAAGUUAACAUGAAUGUUGUUAUGAAGAAUAAAUUGCUGCCUUUGCCAAA